CGAUCUCGGCGCUGCGUACCGAAAUGGUGCUGUAGAGCAGUGGCGAACGCUAACGCUCCCAGUCGCGUUUUGUCUUUAUGACAUACGGGCAAGUUCACACGUCUUGCUAUGUUUGUGAGCUUGUCAAGCAGGGUAUGCGCGAUCCCGGCGCUACAUGUUAUCGCAGGCUUUCCGCGCGGAUUGCAAUCCUGGACACUGUCAACUAUCCACCACGUACCCGAUUAUGAAUUAAUAUCCAACGUGUAUGAUCACAAUGAGCCUCGUGAACUCGCUCGUAUAUCCUCGUCAAGCAGGGUACUAGUAUGCACGAAUCUCGCAUCAGUCGCCCAUGGUUACGAUUCGUAUCCCUCGUAUCGUGCGAAUUGUUAUUACCCAGGGUAUGCGCGAUCCCGGCGCUACGUUUCACAGCAGUAGCCGGUAGCGCAGAUGGCACUACCGAAUACUAAAAGCUGUUGGACGCCCUCCCGGUCACAUAAUCAUGACCCAUGUCUAGACCCUUGGAUGACUUCCGGUAACAAGUAACCGCCUUCAAGUUCGAGCGCGGUUCUUGCUCUCUAUUCCCGCCUACAGUACGGUCGCGCGACGCGCGUUGCAUAUCAAGCAGGGUAUGCGCGAUC